CUCACGACAAAAGCCCAGCCGCGCCCAAUUCCGUCUUCCCCGACAUAAUUCAUCUCGUGACCGUUUCCUUACAUUUCAUUUCGAAACCUCGGCCGGUGAGUGUGAGCAGAUGGGCUGCUGCGCAAGUAAAUACACCGGAAAAGGAGGCCACCAUCGCCGUUCUCCGGCGAAACCCCCUCCUCCGCCGUCGUUGUCCCAGAAGACCCACCUCCCAAGACCUCGAGUCACGUUCCCUCCCCCGCCCGAAGAAGAGACGGUGGUCAAAGAAGUCCUGUCCGAGACGCCCCUGCCGCAGAGAAACUCGCCGGAAGUUAGAGAUGCCGGGAACUCGCGUAAGCUCCGGCUACAAGAUGAUGCUCCGGAGACUAAGAUCCUCAUCAGCAAGCUGGAGGAAGCUGCGGAGAUUGUCUCCGAGUACUCCGAGAUGUGCAGCGCUGCCAGUGGAAGCUUGUCCACGGCAACGACGACGGCGACUGACAAGAGAGACCACGAAGUGACGAGCGGCGAUCACCGGGAGCCGAGGUGGCAGCAGAGGCUCAACGCUGACAGCAACAGGUCUCCGGCGAAGGCGCAGAGGAGGCGCCCGUCGGCGGGAGGAGUGCGGCCUCCCCUGUCCCGCUCGCGCUCUCCAGUCAGAAGGGCCCAGACGGCAAGGCCGGAGCUUCGCAGCGAGCGGAGGAGGGACUUGUCGGGUGAGCUGAGGGCCAGGCCACGCAAUGUGGGCCCUGCUGGCAGGGGUGGAGGUGGUGGUGGGGACUCAGGGAGAUCGUCUAGGUCACCGGCUCCAGCCGGGAGGAGGGACAGCCGCGGAGGGAAUAAGCCGUGCGGGAAGGCCAAGAGGCCGCCGGUCGGACCCGAAAGCGGCGGCGGUGGGCAGCCCCGGGAACUCGGGGAAGGCAAGGAGGACAUGGGCGUAGGAGAAGGGAAGGAGAAGGUUGCGGCGGAGGAGGAGGAUGCCGACGGCGCCACCCCAUCAGAACAGGGGAACGAAUCUCUCAUCGAUAAUCCUCAUGUCUCGUUAGAAUGCUUCAUUUUCCUCUAAACGUUAACGAAGUUCUUAGCUUUACAUGCACGGCGCUGUAAUUUGAAUCUGUAAGUAACCAAAAGAUUGGGUUUUUUACUCGGUUCAGAUCUUUAUUUACA